AAUGGUUUCUCCAUUUGGUUCGAAUUUCAACGUCUAUUACGUACUGAGUUCUGAGAUACGGUGAUGGUGUUUAUGGCAAUGGAGAACAACGAGAACCUUAAUUUAGUUGGUAGUGCUGAAAGGAUCCCCUGCGAUUUCUGCAGCGAAGAGAUAGCAGUCUUGUACUGUAGAGCGGAUUCUGCUAAGCUCUGUUUGUUCUGCGACAGGCAUGUCCACUCCGCUAACGCUGUAUCCAGUAAGCACCUACGUUCUCAGAUCUGCGACAAUUGUAAUUCCGAGCUUGCUUCCAUCCGUUGCUCCACUGACAAUCUGGUGCUCUGCCAGGAGUGCGACUGGGACGCCCACGGCCUCUCCUCUGUCUCCGCUUCCCACGACCGUAGUCCGCUGGAGGGUUUCUCCGGCAGCCCAUCCCCACUCGAACUCGCUUCCAUCUGGGGUUUGGAUCUCGGCGGCGAUAAGAAAUCUCCCCCACCCCCCAUGAUGCCGCCAACGGGUGACCAUAUGGUGGUGUUCCCAGAUUGGUCUUCUCUGGAUCUGGUUAUGUUGGUAGAUCCCUUGGCUUACAAAUCAGGAUCCGCCGCAACGACUACUUUUCAGGAACUAGUGGUUCCGAAUGACAAGAAGUCUCACAUGUACCCUGAUGUUCCAUGCGCCGAUAUGACCCCAGCCACUUCUAAGCGGCAGCAGAGUUGCAGCAACGGAAAGCGAAAGCUCGUCAUUCUUAAGCAGCUGGUUGAAUUGCUCGGGCGGGGCCUUCCUGACGACUUGCGCCCAGGGACGCCUGGUAGGACUAGUGCGCAACAGGGGAAAGUUGAAGGUCUUGAUUUUCGUUCUAAGGUUGACAGGGCCAUGGAUGAGAACAUAUCGUUGCAUCACCAAGCACCAUACACUUCUAUGCUUCCGGAUAGUGUUGUUCUGAGACAGAACGACGGUCUGGCUGAAAAUAAUAUUCUAUGGGCUAAUCCUCCCGAACAGGCCAGUCAGAUUUGGGAUUUUAAUUUAGGAAGAUCAAGGGAUCAUGAGGCAUCUGGCCCAUUAGAUGUAGGAUAUGGUACAAGCAAUGCAGGUUUUGUGAUCAAAAGUUAUAGUGACAUUAUUAAAGAACCUCCCUGGGAAACCAUGAGAGUUCUAAAAGACAUUUACCAGAUGAAUUGCUCUACAGCACGUGAAUUCUCAUCACAAAAUACUAACUCAAACAACCCAGCUGCAAGCCAGGGGGCAACAAUAGCUGAAAGCAAUAAUGUACCUAUGGUAAGGGCAUCAUCAAGUUCAACUUUGGCUAAACCUAAAGCCAGUGGCAGCUCUAAAGAUGUCCAUUUCGUGCAACAGCCUGUACUGACUAGAGAUGAAACCAUGCCAGCAGCAAUAAUGGAGGUUGACAUGGAGUUGCUGACAAAGAAUAGGGGCAAUGCCAUGUUACGUUACAAGGAGAAAAAGAAAACCCGAAGAUAUGAUAACCACAUCCGCUAUGAGUCGAGGAAGGUUAGGGCUGAUACUCGGAAACGAGUGAAGGGUCGGUUUGCCAAGGCUAGUGGAGCUUCAUCAGAUGUUGAAAUCGACAGUUGAAUGGGUUUUGAGGAUGAGCUACUCAUAUCCUGUGUAAAUACUGCAACCAGUACUUUCUCUACCAUGAAUGUAUAUUACUCACGUAUUCUACUCCAUUACUGCACGGUAAUCUCUCUCUCUUUCU